AUGCCACAACGUACAUAUUAUCAGUGCUACUGCCCCGGAUUGGGCCUACCAUUAUAAAAACACAACCUAUGAGAGUUCACUGGCCCUUCCCAGGAUCGAAGAACAGAGCCAGACUGUGCGCCUGUGGUUUUGGUAUGUGUGUAGAGAGGGGUUCUGCCCCCACUAGUAGUGGUAGCAAAAUUCCUAAGACUUCUGAAAGUUUUCUAACCUUAUAAAAUAAGCCAUGGAUUCAAUGAUUGCAAAAAGAGGCAAUCUCUCUCUCCUGCGCACUCUCUAACUCUCUCAGACCCAUCUUCCAUUGCGGAGGUCACUUGGUGACUGACUCAGGCUUCGUGGGCAGUGAGGGUUCCCCCAGCCACUACAAACCCAACCGCAAAUGCACCUGGUACAUCACUGUGAGUAACCAACAGUACAGAAUAUACACUAAUAGUGCUGUGGCGGUCACGAAAUUUCGUCAGCCGGUGAUUGUCAAGCAAAUAAUUGUCGGUCUCAUGGUAAUUGACGUUAAUUAACAUAAACACAUUUAGCAUCUCCUGGCUUCCACACAUAGCCUACAAGCCACUGAUGCAGACCUUUGGAACAUCUACAUUUAAAAAAGUCUAAUAAAUCCAUGUAAUAUAGCCUACACCUUCACAAUAAAUUCAUGAUUUAUUUUAGACAGGUUGUUAUGAUGAGUUUCUCGGGUAUCAAGAAAUUCAUGAUGCAAGAAGAUAUUUAACACUUAGAUGGAGAGUUCAUACAAAUAUUUAAUAGAUUCGGUACCGGGUUAAUCUAACAAAAGGCGCAUGCUUUGCCUCUUGUCAUCCGAACUACCAGACAAAGAAAACCUCUCAGUUGAUAUACGUCAUGUUACACGUUUCUUCAACAACAUCUGUUAACCAUCAAUGGGCACUCCCUUCUUUGAUGUUAUUACCUUGUACUCCAAGUCAGUAUAUCAUGUCCAUCAAUCAUUCUAAGAUAAAACUCAAGCUCCCUCGACAUACUGGAAUCAUUGGCCUCCAGACUGUGUGGCACCAAGAGUCACCUAUCUACUAGAUUUAACCUUGUUCCCACAACACCAUGAAAAAACAUCAUAACACAGGUCUAAAAAAGCAUGAUAUGAAGAAAAUGUAGUCUAUUUCAGAAGAACAUAAUAGCAUACUCUGAGUUUUCCUUAUUUUAAGUCCUGAUCUGGCUAUGACAAAUGGCUGUGGGCUACACUAGUUCAUUUAGCAGACAAGAUUUGCUUAGAAUUCUAUGGCAUUAUUUUAUAUUAAGAAAAAUACAAUUAAACAAAGCUGAAUAAAAUAGAAAGGAUAUUUUCUCCAAAUGAUUUGAGGGAGUGCGUACAUGCGGUUAUUCUGUGUUGAGCAGUUAACAAAGAAAUAGGUAUUUGUGAAAGUAUUCACCCCCCGUGGCAUUUCUCCUAUUUUGUUGCCUAACAACCUGGAAUUAAAAUGAAUUUUAAGGGGGUUUGUAUCAUUUGAUUUAAACAACAUGCCUACCACUUUGAAGAUGCAAAAUAUUUUUUCUUGUGAAACAAACAAGAAAUAAGACAAAAAAACUGAAAAGUUGAGCGUGCAUAACUGCUCCAGCUCCUUCAAGUUGGAUGGGUUCCGCUGGGGUACAGCAAUCUUUAAGUCAUACCACAGAUUCUCAAUUGGAUUGAGGUCUGGGCUUUGACUAGGCCAUUCCAAGACAUUUAAAUGUUUCCCCUUAAACCACCCGAGUGUUGCUUUAGCAGUAUGCUUAGGGUCAUUGUCCUGCUGGAAGGUGAACCUCCGUCCCAGUCUCAAAUCUCUGAAAGACUGAAACAGGUUUCCCUCAAGAAAUUCCCUGUAUUUAGCGCCAUCCAUCAUUCCUUCAAUUCUGACCAGUUUCCCAGUCCCUGCCGAUGAAAACCAUCCCCACAGCAUGAUGCUGCCACCACCAUGCUUCACUGUGGGGAUGGUGUUCUCGGGGUGAUGAGAGAUGUUGUGUUUGCGCCAGACAUAGAGUUUUCUUUAAUGGCCAAAAACCUAAAUUUGAGUCUCAUCUGACCAGAGUACCUUCUACCAUAUGUUUGGGGAGUCUCCCACAUGCCUUUUGGCGAACACCAAACGUGUUUGCUUAUUUCUUUCUUUAAGCAAUGGCUUUUUUCUGGCCACUCUUCCGUAAAGCCCAGCUCUGUGGAGUGAAUUUUUUGAAACAAGUUAUUUUUUUCAUUUCACUUCACCAAUUUGGAUGAUUUUGUGUAUGUCCAUUAUAUGAAAUCCAAAUAAAAAUCUAUUUAAAUUACAGGUUGAAAUGCAACAAAAUAGGAAAAACGCCAAGGGGGAUGAAUACUUUUGCAAGACACUGUAUGUGUGUGUGUAUGUGCGCGCACGUGUGUGUGUAUUUUGCAGCCCUACCGAUGAACCCACUGUGUAACCAGGCUUGUAAGAGGACAGGAACAUUCCAAUCCAACUUCUGCCCUAAUGAUUUCGGUGAGUCACACUCUCAUAUUCUUGCUCCUUAUCUUUUAUUUCCCUCUCCGUCUUCCCCACAGAUUUCACUCCCACUACUUCUUUAUUUCUCUCCCUCCCUCUGUCUCACAUGUUCGUUGGCAUGGUUUUAAGUAGCGGUCUUGGUUGUCAUGGAUACAGUAGUUGUCCUAAUGUUAGUAGUGGUGUGUAACCUUCAUGGGAACAUUUUAAUGGGAGACAGUUAGGAAUGAGCCACAGCACUAAGAAAAAUUAUUAUAUAUGACUAAAAACAAUGUUCUGUAGGAAAAUAACCAUAUCUCUCUCUCUCAUACAUAUGCAGUGGGGAGAACAAGUAUUUGAUACACUGCCGAUUUUACAGGUUUUCCUACUUACAAAGCAUGUAGAGGUCUGUAAUUUUUAUCUUAGGUACACUUCAACUGUUAGAGAUGGAAUCUAAAACAAAAAUCGAGAAAAUAACAUUGUAUGAUUUUUAAGUAAUUAAUUUGCAUUUUAUUGCAUGACAUAAGUAUUUGAUCACCUACCAACCAGUAAGAAUUCCGUCUCUCACAGACCUGUUAGUUUUUCUUUAAGAAGCCCUCUUGUUCUCCACUCAUUACCUGUAUUAACUGCACCUAUUUGAACUCGUUACCUGUAUAAAAGACACCUGUCCACACACUCAAUCAAACAGACUCCAACCUCUCCACAAUGGCCAAGACCAGAGAGCUGUGUAAGGACAUCAGGGAUAAAAUUGUAGACCUGCACAAGGCUGGGAUGGGCUACAGGACAAUAGGCAAGCGGCUUGGUGAGAAGGCAACCACUGUUGGCGCAAUUAUUAGAAAAUGGAAGAAGUUCAAGAUGACGGUCAAUCACCCUCGGUCUGGGGCUCCAUGCAAGAUCUCACCUCGUGGGGCAUCAAUGAUCAUGAGGAAGGUGAGGGAUCAGCACAGAACUACACGGCAGGACCUGGUCAAUGACCUGAAGAGAGCUGGGGCCACAGUCUCAAAGAAAACCAUUAGUAACACACUACGCCGUCAUGGAUUAAAAUCCUGCAGCGCACGCAAGGUCCCCCUGCUCAUGCCAGCGCAUGUCCAGGCCCAUCUGAAGUUUGCCAAUGACGAUCUGGAUGAUCCAGAGGAGGAAUGGGAGAAGGUCAUGUGGUCUGAUGAGACAAAAAUAGAGCUUUUUGGUCUAAAGUCCACUCGCCAUGUUUGGAGGAAGAAGAAGGAUGAGUACAACCCCAAGAACACUAUCCCAACUGUGAAGCAUGGAGGUGGAAACAUAAUUCUUUGGGGAUACUUUUCUGCAAAGGGGACAGGACGACUGCACCGUAUUGAGGGGAGGAUGGAUGGGGCCAUGUAUCGCGAGAUCUUGGCCAACAACCUCCUUCCCUCAGUGAGAGCAUCGAAGAUGGGUCGUGGCUGGGUCUUCCAGCAUGACAACGACCCGAAACACACAGCCAGGGCAACUAAGGAGUGGCUCCGUCAGACGCAUCUCAAGGUCCUGGAGUGGCCUAGCCAGUCUCCAGACCUGAACCCAAUAGAACAUCUUUGGAGGGAGCUGAAAGUCCGUAUUGCCCAGCGACAGCCUCGAAACCUGAAGGAUCUGGAGAAGGUCUGUUUGGAGGAGUGGGCCAAAAUCCCUGCUGCAGUGUGUGCAAACCUGGUCAAGACCUACAGGAAACGUAUGAUCUCUGUAAUUGCAAACAAAGGUUUCUGUACCAAAUAUUAAGUUCUGCUUUUCUGAUGUAUCAAAUGCUUAUGUCAUGCAAUAAAAUGCAAAUUAAUUACUUAAAAAUCAUACAAUGUGAUUUUCUGAAUUUUUGUUUUAGAUUCCGUCUCUCACAGUUGCAGUGUACCUAUGAUAAAAAUUACAGACCUCUACAUGCUUUGUAAGUAGGAAAACCUGCAAAAUCAGCAGUGUAUCAAUACUUUUUCUCCCCACUGUACAUAAACAGUACCAGUCAAAAGUUUGGACACACCUACUCAUUCAAGGGUUUUUCUUUAGUUUUACUAUUUUCUACAUUGUAGAAUAAUAGUGAAGACAUCAAAACUAUGAAAUAACACAUAUGGAAUCAUGUAGUUACCAAAAAAGUGUUAAACAAGUCAAAAUAUAUUUUAGAUUUAGAUUAUUCAAAGUAGCCACCCUUUGCCUUGAUGACAACUUUGCACACUCUUGGCAUUCUCUCAACCAGCUUCAAGAGGAGUGCAUUUCAAUUAACAGGUGUGCCUUGUUAAAAGUUCAUUUGUGGAAUUUAUUUUCUUCUUAAUGCGGUUGAGCCAAUCAGUUGUGUUGUGACAAGGAGGGGUGGUAUACAGAAGAUAGCCCUAUUUGGUAAAAGUCCAAGUCCAUAUUAUGGCAAGAACAGCUCAAAUAAGCAAAGAGAAACGACAAUCCAUCAUUACUUUAAGACACGAAGGUCAGUCAUUCCGGAACAUUUCAAGAACUUUCAUCGUUUCUUCAAGUGCAGUCGCAAAAACCAUCAAGCGCUAUGAUGAAACUGGCUCUCAUGAGGACCGCCACAGGAAAGGAAGACCCAGAGUUACCUCUGCUGCAGAGGAUAAGUUCAUUAGAGUUAACUGCACCUCAGAUUGCAGCCCAAAUAAUUGCUUCAGAGGAGCAUGUCUUCAUGGUCAAAUUGCUGCAAAGAAACCACUACUAAAGGACACCAAUUAGAAGAAGAGACUUGCUUGGGCCAAGAAACACGAGCAAUGGACAUUAGACCAGUGGAAAUCUGUCAUUUGGUCUGAUGAGUCCAAAUUUGAGAUUUUUGGUUCCAACCGCCGUGUCUUUGUGAGAUGCAGAGUAGGUGAAUGGAUGAUCUCUGCAUGUGUGGUUCCCACCGUGAAGCAUGGAGAAGGAGUUGUGAUGGUUUGGGGGUGCUUUUCUGGUGACACUGUCAGUGAUUUAUUUAGAAUUCAAGGCACACUUAACCAGCAUGGCUACCACAGCAUUCUACAGUGAUACGCCUCCCAUCUGGUUUGCGCUUAGUGGGACUAUCAUUUGUUUUUCAACAGGACAAUGACCAAAUACACACCUCCAGGUUGUGUAAGGGCUAUUUUACCAAGAAUGAGAGUGAUGGUGCUGCAUCAGAUUACCUGUACUCCACAAUCAUCCGACCUCAAACCAAUUGAGAUGGUUGGGGAUGAGUUGGACAGCAGAGCGAAGGAAAAGCAGUCAACAAGUGCUCAGCAUAUGUGGGAACUCCUUCAAGACUGUUGGAAAAGCAUUCCUCAUGAAGCUGGUUGAGAAAAUGCCAAGAGUGUGCAAAGCUGUCUUCAAGGCAAAGGGUGGCUACUUUGAAGAAUGACUACAUGAUUCCAUAUGUGUUAUUUCAUAGUUUUGAUGUCUUCACUAUUAUUCUACAAUGUAGAAAAUAGUAAAAAUAAAGAAAAACCUUUUAAUUAGUAGGUGUGUCUAAACUUUUGACUGGAACUGUAUAUAUAUCCAGUUCCAGUAUAUAUAUAAAUAACUACACUAAGUGUACAAAACAUUAGGAACACCUUCCUAAUAUUGAGUUGCACCCCCUUUUGCCCUCAGAACAGCCUCAAUUCGUCUGGGCAUGGACUUGACAAAGUGUUGAAAGCGUUCCACAGGGAUGCUGGCCCUGACUCCAAUGCUUCCCACAGUUGUGUCAAGUUGUCUGGGUGUCCUUUGGGUGGUGUACCAUUCUUGAUACAUACGGGAAACUGUUGAGCGUGAAAAACCCAGCAGCGUUGCAGUUUUUGACACACUCAAACCGGUGCACCUGGCACCUACUACCAUAACCAUUUCAAAGGAACUUAAAUAUUUUGUCAUACCCAUUCACCCACUGAAUGGCACGUAUAAACAAUCCAUGUCUCAAUUGUCUCAAGGCUUAAAAAUCCUUCUUUAACCUGUCUCCUUCCCUUCAUCUACACUGAUUGAAGUGGAUUUAAGGUGACAUCAAUAAGGGAUCAUAGCGUUCACCUGGAUUCACCUGGUCAGUCUAUGUCAUGGAAAGAGCAGGUGUUCUGUAUACUCAGUGUAUUUACGCCAUUCUCAGACUGUCACUCAAUAUUGAGACACACACUAGAACAGCCAUGGGAAAAUGUUUGUCAUAAGCCUUUAUUUGACAAUUAUAUCUUAUCUCUGCCUACACAAACUGACAUCCCCCACAUCACUUAAUCCCAGAGAAGGGAGUGGGAUCAGUGAGUCAGAAUGUACAAACCAUAGAAAUAGAAUCAUGAUACAAACCCUGUAUUAAUCUCUUCCACUCCUCUCUGUCGCCUUUUUCCCUCAUCCCCAACCUACAUCCAUCUAUUCCCCCCACCUUACCUCUCUCCCCCUUACCAGUGAUCACGGGGAAGGUGACAUCCUUGGUCCCAGGCCCCAGGGGCAGUGUGACUGUGGACGUGUCUCUCAUCAAGGCCUAUAGGAGUGGCCGCCUGUCCAUCACCCAAUCAGGACUAGCCAUGUCCAUCAAACUCGCCUCCACCUGCAAGAAGUGCCCUGGCCCACGCAAAGUACAGUCUCACAUACACUCUGGCCACAUAAACACACAUACCUACAAAGGAGCAUGCACAAGCACACACACCAAUUCACACAACUGA